UAGAUGAGUUGCAGCCAUCCAUGGUUGCAGCUAUGGCAGGUCCCAAUAGGAAACAGAUGUUGAAGUUUCUGUCCCAACUAGGGGCGUUUAUUCUGACACGUUUUGGAUUUUGGAACUGUUUCAGUAUGCUAAUGCUGUUUGCGGAAAGAGCAGACUCAAAAAGAAAGCCAGACAUCCACAUACCGUACCUGUAUGUUGACAUGGGGGCAGCGGUCCUCUGUGCUAGCUUCAUGUCAUUUGGGGUGAAGAGGAGGUGGUUUGCAAUGGCCUCUGCCGUACAGCUGGCAAUCAGCACCUAUGCGUCCUACACUGGAGAACAGGUCCAUUAUGGAGACUGGCUUAAGGUACGAAUGUACUCCAGGGCGCUGGCCAUCAUUGGGGGUUUUCUUGUUCUAGCCAGUGGAGCAGGGGAAAUGUACAGACAGAAACCUCGCAGCAGAUCCUUGCAGUCUACUGGGCAGAUUUUUCUAGGAGUCUAUCUCAUCUGCGUGGUGUACUCCCUGCAGCACAGUAAAGAGGACAGACAAGCCUAUCUGAACCACAUCAUUGGGGGAGAGCUCACUGUGAUGCUGCUGGAGGUGCUGUUUGGCGUUCUGGCCCUGGCCUUCCUCUCUGGCUGUUACAUCCGUAUGGCUGCUCAAAUCCUGGCCACCGUCCUUCCACUGGUGAUCCUGCUCAUCGAUGGCAACAUCAGUUAUUGGCAUAACACUCGCAAGGUGGAGUUCUGGAACCAGAUGAAGCUGAUUGGCCAUAACGUCUGCAUCUUUGGCGCUGUGUUGAUCCUGGCUACUGAUGGUUAAGUCCUCAGGUUCUUACAGACAAACUUCUCCAGACCGAGGUGUCUGUGCUGGAUGAGAUUGGUGUGGCCUUUUUGUCACAGCUUGAAUUUGUUGCAGUCGAUCAGGAUCACCUCAGGAUUCAAACACUCCGAGCUAAGACGGUUAGUCAUGGGAUAUGCUUGUUGUUUUUGCCAACUAGCUGGUAACUUUUGCAAGAAAAAGAAACACACAAGCCUUUUUUUUUUUCUUUUUUUUAAUUAUAAUUUAUUUGGUCAUGUUUACAUUUGUUAUACUCUAAAGCAUUACACUGAGAAUUGGUAAUAUAAAGAUAACUUUUACUCAAUAUAAGUCUUAAAUAGUUGGAUCUUUUUUAAAACAUGUUUUAAUAUUUUACACAUUAAGGGAAACUUCAAGCAAUGCUUACUGCUAUUUAACAGUAAACGGUUUAGGUUACUUUUAAAUGGUACAUCCAUAUUUUAUGUUUGUUUGUUUGUUUUAAUAUAAUGACCACAAGUUGUGUGUCUCUUGUAUAAAUUUCAGGUCACUUAUUUCACUGAAUCACCGCAUAUCUAAUAAGGUGAACAGGGUUGAGUGGGAUAAAACAUUUUUUUUAAACAUCUGAAAUGAGGCAAACUCAUGCCUCAUUUCAGAUGUUUAAAAAAAUAAGCAGAACGAUACUUACAAAGCCCUGAUAUCUGACUGCAUAUCAUUGUCUGUACAAAGAAAAUGUCUUCAGUCAAUGCCAGAAUCUGAUGUCUAAGCUUAACUGAGUUCAUUCAGGAUUUUAGACGAGAUGGGUCAGCUGCUCAUCAAAGUUUUGGUUCAAUGGCUGGUUUCUCAGACUCUCACUUCAAAGUGUUUUAGGGUAGCAUCAUGAACCCCUACCACAACCUCAGAUGUCUUGCUCCUUUUUUAAGUGUUUGAUAAUAAAAUUAUAUUAUGUAUGAAAUAAAAAAUGCUGAAUGAACA